AUGGACCCCAAGGGCCCGGGCAGCACAUUUAAACAGUCCUCCCUGAAACGCAGCACAUCUGGCUCUCAGAAGGCACAAAAAGCUUGGAUUGAGAGGAACUUUCUUAAGAGAGAAUGUAUUCACAUAUUUCCCAGCAAAGACCCAACCAGAUGUGCCUGUGGUCAGCUGACGACUCAACACGUGGCCAUCCCUCCUGGUGCCAACUCAGUCGAGGAAGCGCAAACACUGGUGCAGAUUGACACCCCAAAGGACAAAUGGAGUGUGAUCAAGCACACCAGGACCUACCCAACAGAUGCCUUUGGCGUAAUCGAGUUUCAAGGCGGAGGGUUCAUCAACAAGGCCAUGUACAUUCGAGUCACCUACGACACCAAGCCUGACAACCUCCUGCAUCUAAUGGUGAAGGACUGGCAGCUGGAGCUGCCCACCUUGCUGAUCUCUGUACAUGGUGGUCUCCAGAACUUUGAUCUCCAGCCCAAACUCAAACAGGUUUUUGGCAAAGGCCUAAUUAAAGCUGCCGUCACCACUGGAGCAUGGAUCUUCACUGGCGGAGUCAACACAGGGGUGAUCCGCCAUGUUGGAGAUGCCUUGAAGGACCAUUCCUCAAAGUCUCGUGGGAAGGUGUGCGCGAUAGGAAUCGCUCCAUGGGGGAUUCUGGAGAACAAAGAGGAUCUCAUAGGAAAAGAUGUGACUCGACCUUAUCAGACGAUGGCUAACCCACUAAGCAAGUUGGCUGUGCUCAACAGCAGCCAUUCUCACUUCAUCUUGACAGACAAUGGCACCUGUGGCAAGUACGGCUCUGAGGUCAAACUCCGCCGGCUGCUGGAGAAGCACAUCUCCCUUCAGAAGAUAAACACACGUCUGGGUCAGGGGGUUCCUCUGGUUUGUCUGAUAGUGGAAGGAGGUCCUAAUGUGAUUUCCAUCGUCCUGGAGAGCCUAAGAGAUGAACCGCCCAUCCCUGUAGUGGUUUGUGACGGCAGCGGCCGGGCUUCUGACAUCAUUUCCUUUGCACACAAGUUCUCAGAGGAUGGAGGCCUGGUUAAUGAUGAUGUCCGAGAGCAACUCUUAGUGACAAUACAGAAGACUUUUAACUAUAGCAAAAGCCAAUCACAGCAGAUCCUGCUCAUGGUUAUGGAGUGCAUGAAGAAAAGGGAGCUGAUCACUGUUUUUCGAAUGGGUUCUGAGGGACAACAAGAUAUUGAGAUGGCCAUUCUCACUGCCCUUUUGAAAGGCACAAACGCCUCAGCAGCAGAUCAGCUAAGCUUGGCUCUGGCCUGGAACAGAGUGGAUAUUGCUCGCAACCACAUCUUUGUUUAUGGGCACAAUUUACCACCUGCUGGUGCCAUUGCCAGCACUACAGCUACUGCAGCCCCGGCUCCAGAGAAGCAGAAAAGUCCUGCCAGCGCUCCUCGCAGCAAAGCCCGGGCAAAGAAGGGGAAGGGGAAGGGGAAGGCAAAGCCUGAACCACCAGAGGAGACAGACCCCAGGAAGUUGGAGUUGAUUCGUUGGGUGAACUCUCUGGAGCAGGCUAUGAUGGAUGCUCUGGUUCUGGACAGAGUGGACUUUGUCAAGCUGCUCCUUGAGAAUGGGGUCAAUAUUCACCACUUCCUCACUAUUCCCAGACUUGAGGAGUUAUACAACACUAAAAUUGGCCCUGCUAAUACAUUGCAUGCAGUGGUUAGGGAUGUCAAAAAGGGAAACCUUCCUCCAGAUUAUCAGAUCACUUUGAUUGAUAUUGGUCUGGUACUGGAGUGCUUCAUGGGAGGAGCUUACAGGAGCAAUUACACCAGGAAGGCUUUCCGCAACCUCUACAAUAAUUUGUAUGGAUUAAAACGGCCAAAAGCUCUGAAGCUUCUAGGAAUGGAGGAUGAUGAGCCUAGACCAAAAGGCAAGAAAAAGGCAAAGAAGAAGAAAGAAGAAGAGGUGGAAAUUGAUGUGGAUGACCCAGAGGUCUGUCGAUUCAAACACCCUUUCCAUGAGCUGAUGCUGUGGGCUGUGCUGAUGAAACGCCAGAAGAUGGCACUGUUUCUGUGGCAGCGUGGGGAAGAAGCCAUGGCAAAGGCGCUGGUGGCCUGUAAACUAUAUAAAGCUAUGGCCCACGAGUGCUCAGAGAGCGAACUGGUGGAUGACAUCUCUCAGGACCUGGAGAACAAUUCCAAAGAAUUUGGUCAGCUGGCCUAUGAGCUGUUGGACCAGUCCUACAAACAUGAUGAACAGGUAGCCAUGAAACUCUUGACAUAUGAGCUGGUCAACUGGAGUAACUCCACCUGUCUGAAGCUGGCUGUAGCAGCUAAACAACGUGACUUCAUCGCUCACACCUGCAGCCAGAUGUUGCUCACCGACAUGUGGAUGGGCUGCUUAAGAAUCGGCAAAAACCCUGGCCUCAAGGUCAUUUUUGGGAUCAUCUGUCCCCCCCUGAUUCUUCUGCUGGAUUUCCGUCUUGGAGACGAUGCAUCCUAUCAUGCAACGGGAGAAAAAGUGGAAGGAAAAGACAAGGAUGAAGACACAAAAUCCAGCAAGGAUGCUAAUGAUGCAACUUCUCGAAAGGGGGAUGAGGAGGAGGGGAGCACAAAUGUUCAUAAAAUUCCUAUCGGCAAAAGGUUUUUUGAGUUUUAUGAUGCACCGUUCACCAAGUUCUGGUUCAACACAAUUUCAUACCUGGGCUAUUUGAUGUUGUACAACUAUAUAAUCCUGGUGAAAAUGGAGCGAUGGCCUUCCAUACAAGAGUGGACUGUUAUUGCAUACAUCCUUACGCUGGCCACUGAAAAAGUCAGACAGAUUCUGAUGUCAGAGCCAGGAAAGCUGAAACAGAAGAUAAGUGUGUGGCUGGAGGAGUACUGGAACAUCACCGACCUGGUCGCUAUCUCCACCUUCCUCAUUGGACUGAUGCUACGACUGCAGCACGAACCUUACAUGGGCUACGGAAGAGUCAUCUACUGUAUAGACAUCAUCUUCUGGUACAUCCGUGUGCUGGACAUCUUCGGAGUCAACAAAUACCUAGGACCCUAUGUGAUGAUGAUAGGGAAGAUGAUGAUAGACAUGAUGUACUUUGUGGUGAUUAUGCUGGUGGUUCUCAUGAGCUUCGGAGUGGCACGACAAGCUAUCCUUCACCCUGAUGAGGAGCCAACAUGGCGCCUGGCCAGAAACAUUUUCUACAUGCCCUAUUGGAUGAUCUAUGGAGAGGUUUUUGCGGACUCGAUAGACCUCUAUGCAAUGGAAAUAAACCCCCCAUGUGGUGAACACUUAUAUGACGAGGACGGGAAGAAACUUCCACCAUGUAUCCCCGGAGCAUGGCUCACACCUGCUAUCAUGGCCUGUUACCUCCUGGUGGCAAACAUUCUUCUGGUCAACUUGCUCAUUGCAGUGUUCAACAACACCUUCUUUGAAGUCAAGUCCAUUUCCAAUCAAGUGUGGAAGUUCCAGAGAUACCAGCUGAUCAUGACCUUUCAUGACCGCCCCAUACUGCCGCCGCCUCUCAUCAUCUUCAGCCACCUCUACAUCCUCUUCAAUAGGCUGUUUCGGCGAUGCGCUAGAAAGAGGCAAGAGGGAGAGCUUGAUGAGAAGGACCGUGGUCUAAAGCUAAGAUUGAAUCCAGAAGAGCUAAAAAGUCUGUAUGAGUUUGAAGAACAGUGUGUUGAGGAAUAUUUCCGUGAGAAAGAGGACGAACAGCAGUCAUCAAGCGAUGAACGCAUCAAAGUUACAUCAGAGAGAGUGGAGAACAUGUCCAUGCGUCUGGAGGAGGUGAAUGAGAGGGAGAACACGAUGAAGGCCUCCCUACAGACAGUGGAUCUGCGCCUGGCCCAGUUGGAGGAGAUCCAUGGACGAAUGGCAGUCGCCCUUGAAAAGCUUGCAGGAGUGGACAGACUGGAGCUGACCAGAACCUAUUCAAGAAACUCCUCUGUGUGUGACCCCUCCACUCUUCUUCGCCAGGGCAGCAUUAACAGCGCUGAUGGUUACAGCCUUUACCGCUUCCAUAUGGACAUGGAGGAGUUUGCGUCAAAGCAGAAGGAAACAGAUGAGACGACCAAAACUAGCCUAGAAAGAGAGAGGAGUCUACGUCAAACCUCCAGCGUUUGUGCUCUUAACUCAAAGGAAGGCGGUCAAACUUUAGAGGUUGGCGGUUUGGAGAGAUCGCGACCAAGUUCAUGCGUGGACAUCCUCAUAUCUCCAUGUGAACAGAAGCCUGUUUCCUCUUCAUCGAGUCAAGAGACCAUGAAACAAGGCAGCACUAUGCUGCUCGACAGACUAACAGAUAAGAACAGACUGUGGCCUUCUUCUCCUCCUAAAAGAACUAAAUCAUUAAAAUAUUAUCCAGCAGAAGAUCAGCCCACCUCUCCAUUAACUAAGAGGAGAGCUAUGAGCACUAUCAUCAUAAGCCCACCGGAUGAACCAGAGGAAGCAGCUGAACCUACAGAGCACGCCCUACCACCCCAGAAAACCCCCACCUCCCCUAAAAGGACUAAAUCAUUGAGAUAUGUCCCAAAUGAAAGCCAACUGUCCCCUAUCACAAAGAAGAGAGCCAUGAGCAGCAUUAUCUACAACCCGGCCGAAGCAGGUGAUGAUGUGCUGCUGAAUGCAGAAUACAGGUCAUUGGUGGAGGAGGCCUCUAGAAGCCCAAAUAAGUGGCCACCAAACUUGGAGUACCAGAUCCACCCCGGCACUUCUGGCCACAUGCCUAAGGUGUCAACAGUAAGAACUCUUGCCCAGCAGUUUCAAGCAAGCCCCAUGCCUGCAAAGCUGGAUAAGGACUCAAUUCAGACUGGUAAUAUUCCUCUAGAAAGUAAAGCUCCUCCUCCCGCUACAGAAGUGGUGGAGGAGCCAACAAAGACGAAGGCCAAGAGGAACCUCUCAGACACAACCGACUAUCUGACUGUCGCAGUUGAAAAGUAUAAACCGUCUCACAGGUCACAGAGCAUGAAUGAGAGCGAGAGGAAAGCAAAAUACUUGGUGGUUAGCAAGGAGCUGAGAGCUUCUCACAGUCAGAGAGACCUUGUUGAUGUUUGCGGAGAGGGAGGGGAGGAUAUGAGGAAGAAGACAGAGGCAGAGAAGAGGGAAGAUGGUGCAGAAGAGGAGAAAUAA